AUGCUGAGGAGCGCGGGGCGGCGCCGCGGGAGCGCGCUCGUGGCGGCGGCGGCGGCGGGGAGGAGAUGGGUGGGCUCCGGCGCGACGAUGGGGGGCGGAGGGGCGCCGAGGGAGGCGGCGGACGCGGUGGUGGUGGGGGCCGGGGUGGUGGGGCUCGCGGUGGCGAGGGCGCUGGCGAUGGCGGGGAGGGACGUUUUGGUGGUGGAAGCCGCCUCCGCAUUCGGCACCGGAACGAGCUCCCGCAACAGCGAGGUGAUCCACGCCGGGAUCUACCACCCUCCUAAUAGCUUGAAGGCUAGACUUUGUGUAAGAGGAAAAGAAUUGCUCUACCGAUAUUGUUCUGAACGAGGAAUUCCCCACAAGCAGAUUGGUAAACUCAUUGUUGCUAGUAGUGUUGCAGAGGUUCCAAAGUUGGAGAUUCUUUUGGAGCGUGGUAAGGAGAAUGGCGUUAGGGACCUUCGGAUGAUGGAGGGCUCCGAAGCUCUGCAGAUGGAACCGGAAGUUCGAUGCGUCAAAGCAAUUUUGUCCCCUAGUUCCGGGAUAAUUGAUUCUCAUGAACUUAUGCUCUCCUUGGUGGGAGAAGCAGAAAGUUUUGGAACCACAUUAUCAUACAACACAACUGUUAUUGGUGGGCAUGUUGAAGAUGGUGGCCUACAUCUCGACGUCUGUUUGAGUGCUCUUCCUCUUGCAAAAAGAUUUCAUGGCCUUAGACAGGAAGUUGUUCCAGCAGCUUAUUAUGCUCGCGGAUGCUACUUUACUCUCUCUCAAACCAAAAGUCCUCCUUUCAGACGCUUAAUAUAUCCUAUACCAGAGGUUGGUGGUAUUGGCGUGCAUGUCACUCUAGAUUUGAAUGGACUUGUCAAAUUUGGCCCAGAUGUUGAAUGGAUUGAUGGUGUUGAUGAUAUAUCAAGCUUCCUCAACAGGUAUGAUUAUUACGUCAACUCAGAUCGUGCUAGUAAGUUCUAUCAAGUGAUAAGAAAAUACUUCCCGAAUCUAAAAGAUGGAUCGCUAGAGCCUGGAUAUUCAGGAAUCCGGCCAAAGCUUUCUGGUCCGCAACAGCCUCCUUCAGACUUUCUUAUUCAGGGGGAGGACAGUCAUGGAGUUCCUGGACUAAUUAACUUGUUUGGAAUCGAAUCGCCUGGUCUGACAUCUUGCUUGGGCAUAGCAGAAUAUAUAGUGUCAAAAUACCUGAAAAGCUAGUUUUGUACUUUCUCAAUUUCCCGUAUCCGAAGGGGAGUAUUUGCUUCAUGGAACUUAGCAGAAAGACACUGAGAUUUCGGAGCUUUGUUGUGCGAUCUCUAUUUGCCCAAGCGUGUACUUGCUGAGUCGAUUUUAUUCUUUGAAGUGCGAGACAAUCCCCCCUCGGACACAAUGAUUGGUUGGUUGAUGCAAGCACCUGAAGCUCCACGACGCAUCAGCGGCACUUUGGGGGCACUUAAGGACCACCCAAAGCAUUACUCUUAUGUGAUUUUGUUGUUGUAAGAUAGAUUUAUGAUUGAACUGAUAAGUGGAAGUGUGUUUUAGUUCCAUGACUUGUAGUUGUACAUUUCAUUUUAGUACAUAAUAAGGGAGUCAUGUUCCCAUGUAAUUUUAUGAUGGCGCAUGAUCUUCUCCUUGGAGUAAGUGGUGCAGUUGCACACUUGCACUUUCUCUAAUUUAUGCAAGUUAACACACUUAUUUAGACA